UUCAUUCAGAGAUUUCGUGGGAGAUAAGUCACUUUUACUUAUUCUCCGCAGAAAAUUGAUAUUUUAAUCAAAUUAUUAAUACAUUCAAUUUACAAUGGCAGAAACAAAGGAGAAUGUUUUCCUCUUUGUGCCCAAUAUUAUUGGGUUCGGCAGAGUAAUCCUGGCUAUUAUAUCGUUCUAUUACAUGCCGACGCACUGCAUUCUUGCUUGCACCUGCUACGUCACGUCGGCUCUCCUUGACGCCUUUGAUGGACAUGCUGCAAGAUAUUUCAAUCAAAGUACCAAGUUUGGAGCCAUGUUGGAUCAGCUGACUGACCGGGCCGGCACUGCUUGUCUUAUGAUGACUCUAGCCACCUUCUAUCCCGCCUACACCUUCUGGUUUCAAAUCUCCAUGGCUGUGGACAUCACAUGCCACUGGCUCUACCUACACACGUCCACCUUGCAAGGAAAGACAUCACACAAGUUCAUUGACAUGUCUGAGAAUCCGAUCAUGCAUCUGUACUACACCAAUAAGACCGUUCUCUUCUUUAUGUGUGCUGGCAAUGAGGCAUUCUACGCUGCUCUCUAUGUCAUGUACUUCUACACUGGACCAACAGUUCUUGGGAUUGGCCUGUUCAAGCUGAUUGCCCUUGUCUCCAUGCCAGUGGCUGUGGUGAAGGCUGGAAUCUCCGUGCUCCACGGCAUUGUGGCUUCACUCAACCUGGCAACUAUUGACAUCAACGAGCGUGCCGCCAUAAAAGAAAAACAAAAGGAAUAGAUUCCUUACAACCCAACGCCAAAUUAACAGUCAUUAACUGCUAUAUGUUUUAGCAUUUACUUAAUACUACAUUUAUUAGAAUACCUGUGUAAUGUUACUACUUAUUAAAUAAGUGUAUAUUACCUUGUAAAAUUCAAUUUUUAGUUAGUAUAGUUGAGGCAAAAAUGUGAUUUUGUUUCCAUAGUAUGGUCACGAGUACUAAUAUGUAUACACUUUGGAACCAUGUCACAUUCACUUUUUUGAUGAUACCGUCUCAUUAAAUGUCAAAUAUGACAGUGUGACAGGGUUCUAAAGUGGAUACAUGAUAUUGCUCAUGACUGUACUUGUACCAAAGUACAUUCUGAUUUAUUUUUGUAUGUGUGUUUUUUACACCAGUAAUUUUUUAUACAUUUUAUUAAGUUAUUUUGAGUUGUUGUGAUAAUGUUUUGUGUAAUGGAUAUCUUUAUGGUUUUAGUUAAGUAAGAUGGUAAGUGCAAGUCAUUGUAUUUAGUGUAUAAUUUAUGACUCGAAUGUAUCAAAUACUUCCAAAAAUAAGUCUCUAUUUGCAACACAUUUAUAAUAAUAUUAAGAUUGUCAUCAUUAGUAAGAUGAGAUAUUAAAAUUUAAAAAUAUUUUUGUUUACAUUAUAUAAUCUUGAUUUUGGUAAAAAUAUUGCAUUUAGUUAACUUACUACAUACUUAUUAUGAAGUAACCAUUCCUAUAUCGUCGCCUUAUGUGAACACCACUUAAGUAUCUUUUUGAAAAAUUACAAUUUAACGAGAUUUUCUUCAAGAAAACAUCAAUUUCUUUCAAUGAGGGACAUUCCAGGCUAUAUUCACCAAAAACAAUAUAGAUGAUAUUGUAUAGCUUUAACUCAUGUUACCUAUUUUCUCAUUACCUACUCAGGUACAUAAUUGUUCAAACAUACAAUGCUAUAUUAUGUACAAUUUUAUUAUAAUUGAUAUUUGGAUCGCAUUAUGUAUAGAACUUGCUACCUAUAUUGCUUCUCUUUAUUUUCAUCAGGAUAAUAAUGGGUGGAAGAUGUAAUUUUGUCUGGCUGUAAUAAAAAGGAUCAUCAUUUAGAGCCAAAAAUAAAGAUAAAAGAUGCAUGUCUGUUAUGUUUGAAAUUGGAAAGUUAAACGAAGAAAAAUCUGUACAACGCCAUCUAUAUUGUUUUUGAGGAACAUAGUCUGGAAAAUCCUUCAUUCAUUUCAAUCCAGGUCACAACUAUUGAAACUAGUUUUAUUGCGAGGUUUUAUUAACACAAAAUUACUAAAGGUGCUUAAGUGGUUUUCAUAAUAAGACGAAAUGUUAUUGUUGUGAGGGUUUGAAGAAAUGUUUUAGUAGCGAUAAGUGAGAAUUGUCGUUGUGAUAGAUCCCUAUAGGUGUAAUAUGAAGAUUUUAAAUCAUAAGGGCUGGACCUAAAUAUUUUACCACUCGACAAAUUGAUGUAUAAAAAACUCAGUACAACACAAGGGGGGUUAAAAUUGCCACAUCGAAGCAAUUCAUCUAAGAGAGCUAUAUUGCUAUUUGACACUUGUUUGCAUUGCACACUUUUAUAUGCGCAAAUGUCAAAUAGUAAUAUUGCUUUCUUAGAUGAAUUGCUUCGUUAUGGCCAUUUUAAUCCCGAAGGUUUACUUAAGAGUUCAUAUUUCUAAAAUAUUGAAAAUAUGUAUUUGUGAACAAAAUAACGUAAGUAACAAUUAUCAAGUAGGUUUGUCAGUGUAUCAAUUAAUUAUGUUAACUCCUUCGUUGUUGUAUCAAUAAAUGGAUCAAUACCAA